AUGGUUUGGCAGAAAGGAAAAAAAACAGCUACACUUUUUCUGAUACUUCUCUUCGGAGUAACCGCUUUCGCCGCUCCAUGUCCGGCGGCCGAUCUCCGCCCAUACGAGGAGGAGGAGGAGACGACGGCGGCGGCGCUCGUUGCGGAGCAAAUCAUGAACAGCUCGAGGAAGCUGCUGGAAACGCCUCCGCGUUCCGAAGGAGGCGAUGACUUGUCAGUGCCGGCGCCGCCAAUCGGUCACGGAAAACCGCAUAAGCCGGUUUUUAGGUGGCCGUGGAAGAAGUCGCCGCCGAGGAUCAAGCCGCCACCGGGAAGCAGGCCGCCGUGGUGGAAGCCCUGGGGAAGGAAGAAGCCGCCGCCCGCACCGGGGAGCAAGCCGCCGAAGAGGCCGUGGUGGAAGCCCUGGGGGAGGAAGAAGUCACCGCCGCCGGCGCGGCAUGUUGUCGGUGCAUGA